UUCACCUUCUCUUCACAUCCCAAACCCCUCUUGAAAAACAAAAAAAACCCUUUUCUCUUUCUCUUAGAAAAUUAACAUAGGAAAAAUCAAUGGGUCUGAAGGGCACCAUUAGUAUUUUUUGUUUGUUACUGGUUCUGAAACUAGCUGAUGCAAGAAUUCCUGGGGUUUACUCUGGUGGAAGUUGGGAGAGUGCUCAUGCUACUUUCUACGGUGGCAGUGAUGCUUCUGGGACAAUGGGUGGAGCUUGUGGUUAUGGAAAUCUGUAUAGCCAAGGAUAUGGUGUAAACACUGCAGCGUUAAGCACAGCUCUAUUCAACAAUGGGCUUAGUUGCGGUGCCUGUUUCGAAAUCAAGUGCGCUAAUGAGCCACAAUGGUGUCAUUCCGGUAGCCCAUCGAUCUUUAUCACCGCCACAAAUUUUUGCCCUCCUAAUUAUGCUUUGCCUAGCGACAAUGGCGGAUGGUGCAAUCCUCCUCGUCCUCAUUUCGAUCUUGCCAUGCCUAUGUUUCUUAAGAUCGCUGAGUACCGUGCCGGAAUUGUCCCUGUCUCUUAUCGCCGGGUGCCUUGUAGAAAGCAAGGAGGAAUCAGGUUCACAAUCAACGGCUUCCGUUACUUCAACUUGGUUUUGAUCACCAACGUAGCAGGUGCAGGAGAUAUCGUGAAGGCGAGCGUUAAGGGUUCAAAGACAGGGUGGAUGAGCUUGAGCCGUAACUGGGGUCAAAACUGGCAGUCAAAUGCUAUUUUGGUUGGUCAGUCACUCUCCUUCAGGGUCACAGGCAGCGACAGGCGCACUUCCACCUCCUGGAAUAUUGUUCCUGCAAAUUGGCAAUUUGGUCAAACUUUCACUGGAAAGAAUUUCAGGGUCUAAUUUUUCUUUUUUAUUUCAAAAUUUUCCCGCUUGGAAUUCUUUUCAACCUUUUUUUUUUUUGUUUUUGCGGUAAAAGUUGAAAUAGGAGAGUGUGUUUGGCCUUCUUUUUAAAAGAGGCCGGUGGGGAUGGGUGUGUUUUUUAUUUUCCUGUUUUUUUGAGGGUAAAAGGUGAAAAAGUGAGAAAAUGGAGGGAGAAGCUGAAGAGGCAGCAAACUUAAAAUGUAGCCCGCAGCUUUUGUUUACCAUAUAAUUUAAAUAUAUAUAAAAAAGGAUAUUUAGUUGUCUGAA